AUGUCAAAAACAGCUGCUGAGCGCUCGAAGCGCAAGAGGUCCUCUACCCAAGAGGAACCCACCAAGCGCCGACGCUCAUCAGUAUCAAGCGAUGAAUCUAAAGAUCCCAGCGACAAAUUUCUCCUGAUGGAACAAGGCAUCCUGGAGUCGCGAAAAAACUAUAACGAUAUUACUGUUCUUCUCACUGCUGCCAAUGGCUUCAAGGACGGCGACUCAGAAAGCAUGCCGGCCACCCUCGUCCUGUGCCGAAUUUUCAUACGGUUACUUGCGCAAGGCUCCCUAUCCACUAAGAAGACUCUCUCCGAGAAAGACCAAGUUGUUGUGGCCUGGCUCAGAAAGCAGUUUGGAGAGUUCAAGAAGACUCUAGCUGCCAUUCUCAAGGACAAAGAGCUAGCAUCUGCGGUCCUGAAAUUGUGUAUGAGAACGCUCAAGGCUGAGGGUGAAACUUUCAGCGAAAAGGAUGAUUACAUUUUCCCUCGGAGUUUCCUCCGAGAUAUCGUGCUUUCCCUGAUUGAGAGCGAGGACAGCGAGGUGAUGAACGACUUUGUCGAGGAAUUCGUGGAACAGUUUGAUGAUAUCCGUUACUACACAUUGGAUGCGGUCAAGCAUAUCGUGAAGGAGCAAGAAGGCGACCCUUCACCAGAGCUUUUUGACAGGUGCUUUGCACUUCUGUCAGCUCUCGAUGGCGUCCCUGAGUCUGCCGAUCAGCUUGAGGACUUUUAUAUUCCCAAGCCUAAGAAGAAGACACAUAACCUUCGCAACAUCAACCAGCACAAGAAGCAAGGCCAGGAGGCAUGGCUUGCUCUGAUGAGUCUCAUGGAUGGCAAGGAGCAGCGGCAACGAAAGCAGAUUCUCGAGAUCUUCACAACAGUGAUUGCGCCUUGGUUCACGAAGCCCGAGCUUCUCUCUGAUUUCUUGACAGACUGCUACAAUGCAGGCGGUUCGACUUCGCUCCUGGCCCUUUCCGGUGUGUUUUACUUGAUCGAGGAGCGCAACCUUGACUACCCAUCAUUUUACUCCAAACUCUACUCUCUCCUGGAUCGCGAUAUCCUCCACUCCAAGCAUCGAUCUCGAUUCUUCCGUCUUCUCGACACCUUCCUUGGCUCGACACAUCUUCCUGCGGCAUUGGUAGCCAGUUUCAUCAAACGUCUUGCUCGUCUCUCACUGAACGCUCCUCCUGGAGCUAUUGUUUUUGUCACCCCCUGGAUCUACAACUUGCUGAAGCGUCACCCAACAUGCACGUUCAUGAUCCACCGACAGAUUCAAGACCCGGAGGUGAAGAAGCACAUUGAGGAGCAAGGCGCCAAAGAUCCUUUCCUCCCCAAUGAGACAGACCCUAUGCACACAGAAGCAAUUGAGAGUUGUUUGUGGGAGCUUGUUCAGCUGCAGUCGCAUUAUCACCCCAACGUUGCCACAAUCUCCAAGAUCAUUUCGGAGCAAUUCACCAAACAGUCUUACAACAUUGAAGAUUUCCUUGAUCACUCAUAUGCCACUCUUCUUGAGGCCGAGAUUGCAAAGGAGAUCAAGAAGGCUCCUGUUACCGAAUUCCACAUCCCAAAGAAGGUCUUUUUCGCUAAUGAGGGUGCUGAAGAGCCGGAUAACUUGUAUGUUAAGUUGUGGGACUUUGGACAGUAG